ACACGCCCCAAGAUUGCACGAAGAUGGUGCCCUUCCUAUGUAUCCGAUGGGGACUUCUGCACAAUAUUACAACUAAUUUGAUGUUCUAUGAGGGUCCACACAUGUCAAGAUGGACUAAAACAUGUAUAGACAAACAAGGAAUGCAGGAUAUAACUACCGACCGAAAUUACAUUAGGCUAUAAAUCGUACAUGUACAGUGACAAAUGACAACAGUGUGAAUGUGAAAAAUUGUGACCUCUGCACACCUUCCACAAGCAACUUUCAUGUCAAUGGUCAUGCAGAAGAAAGUAAUAGAAAUAGCCUCCAAGAAAAGAAAUCAUCAGAAAUUCACAUAAAAAGGAACCCCCCUGAAAGAAGAGACAAUUUUGAAACAAAAUCAAUUAAUGUUCAAAAGAUUGAUGAAACUCAUCAACAAAGGACAAACAACACAAAAACCUUUCUAUGUUGUCCCAAAGAUACGUCAGAGCAAGGAGAGAAAUUUACUAAAGGCGACUUUUCAAAAUUAAUGCUGGAUAUAAGCAAUAUGCAUCUAGAUAUUUUGAAAUAUAUUCAAAAUUGUUCAAAAAACAUUAAAUUAAUGCCAAAAAUAGGAGAUUCCUUGGAUAGUUGUGAGGACUACAAUGAUGAAACUAGGAAUUUGACUGAGGAGCAAAGAACAUCACUCACAAAAUAUUUAUGUGACAAUUUUCAACAAAUCACCUUGCAACACCCUGAUGUACCAAGUCUAAUUCAUGGCACUAUUACAUUUAUUUUGGCACACAGACCUUCCAACUUAGAUUCAGGACAAGGAUUUGAUUUAACUCCAUUUUUGGAAUCUGAUGAUAAUGAUGGCACAGAUUCGGAUUCAGGAAAAAUUGAGAAUGAUGAAUUUUCAAAUGGACAGGUAUUUGAUUUAACUCCAUUUUUGGAAUCUGAUGAUAACAUUGAUAAUGAUGAUAAUGAUGACACAGAUUCAGCAAUGAAUAAGAAUGGUGGAUUAUCAAAUGUAUUUGAUUUAACUCCAUUUUUGGACUCUGAUGAUAACAUUGGUAAUGAUGAUAAUGAUGACACAGAUUCAGCAUGUUCAGCAAUGAUAGAGGAUGGUGGAUUAUCAAAUGAUAAUAGCAUUGAUGAGAAUAACGAUGAUGACAUGGAUGAUGAUGAUGAGGAUGAUAGUAAUACAUCUUCUUGUGUGCAGUCUUAUGUAGAUGAAAUUCCAGUUAACAGAGAAGCUUAUCAACUUUUUCCUGACAAAAUCAGAGGAGACCUUAAAAGUCCAUUUUUAUGUAAACAGCAGUGCAGUGAAGCAUUAUUUCAAGAUGAAAAUAUCAUUUAUAGAGUCCAACAUAUAAGAUCUGAUUUACAAGGUUAUAGACAAGGUGAAAAACGAUCAACAAAGAUCCUUGAAUUAAUGAGAAAUACCAUGUAUAAAGAUAAAAAAAAGGAAAGGAAACACAAUUUCCAUGGAAAAAUAAUUUGUAUGAGGAAAUGGACUGAUCUGUUGGGAAUAAGUAUUGCCACUUACUACAGGAUAUUUAAACUUUUGAAGAAAGACAUAAUGGUGGUAGAGAAAGUGAGGAAAACCCAUUACCAUAAUAUCAAAGGUCUUCACGCUGUAGCAUUUAUGGACAAUUUUAUAGAUGAGUAUGGAGAUCCAAGCCCUGAAAGAGAUGUAAUGCUAUUGCCAGAUUGCAUUAAUAUAAAGUAUAUGUAUGAUGAGUACAGAACUAUACCUGGACUUUGCAUAAAAGAAAGACGUUUUUAUCAACUUUUUUCAGAAAAUUUUGAGAAAAUUGUUAGUUUUGUUAAGACAAAGAAUAUAAAUCCUUGUGACAUAUGCAUGAAGGUUAAAAUGGAGAUGCAUAAAUUAAAAGAUGCUGUUAAAAAAGAUCAGCUGAAAAAAGAUUUAAAAGUUCACCUUGAUAGACAAAGGAGUGAAAGAAGAGACUAUUACAAGAAGAAAGACGAAGCAUGUAUGAAGUCAAAGGAAGUGAUGAGUAUUAUUAUUGAUGGAAUGGAUCAGUCAAAGACUAACAUUCCACACUUUAAGGGAUGGACUAGACCAAAGUGUGGAGCAGCAGCUUUAAAAACCCACAUCACUGGAUGUUUAGUUCAUGGCAGUCAACUCUAUCUAUAUACAGAUUUACUACAAUGGCCACAUGAUCCUAACCUAACUAUUACCUGCCUUGUUAAUGCUAUAACCAGUAAUACAAAUGUGCUACCUCCAAAACUAUAUGUACAAUGUGACAAUUGUGGAAGAGAAAAUAAAAACAAGUAUGUGAUAGGAUUCCUUGGUUAUCUUUGCUUGAGUGGAUAUGUCAAAGAGGCUUAUCUGUCCUUCCUUCUGAAGGGACAUACACAUGAGGACAUUGAUCAGCGAUUUUCAGUAAUUUCACACAGAUUACGACGGGUUAAUGCCAUGACACUUCCUCAGCUACAAAAGGAAAUAGAAUCAAGUUUUCAUGAUAAACCACACCAGGAAGUGUUAGCAUGUGUACGAGAUGUCAAAUCAUGGUUAGACAAUUCUCUUUGUGAGAUGUCAUUCCAUUCCUUCCAACAUCAGUUUUGGCUCUAUUGUGACCGUCCUAACCAUGUUACUUUGAAAUAUAGGAAGUUUUCAACUGAUUCUUGGUUGCCUGAGGCUGGACAAAACCAAAUAGAAUUGUUUGAUUUAGAUAUGACAGGAUAUAACACUAUUCUCCAGGGUAUACCUAAAAUAUGCCAGCAGCACUACGAUGAUAGCAGGAUUGAAAUGGUCAGAAAUGCCGUCAUGAAAAUGAAGAAUUUUUUGAAUUUCCAAGAAUAUACAUGGUGAAUGGAAUUUCUUAACAAUCCAACUAAAUCCACUCCCAAAAUAACCAGAUGGCCAUUGACAAAUUUACUGAAAAUGCACAAGAUUAUAGAUAUACCAAUACAGCUGGUGCAAACAGAGGAUCCUGAACCUUCAUGCAUUUCUGAAAUGUUAGAAAGUGAAGGCUUAAUAAGAGAAAUUAAGACAAAGGAAAAAAAAAGAAAGAGAAAGGAUUAAACUGAUGACGAAUUCUAUAUUCAUCUGUAACUUAUGCAGUAUUGCUGGUUUACAGAGAUGCUUAAAGUGACUAAAGCAGGAUUUUCCACUGAAAUCAGGAUUGAAGAUGUUGUACAGCUUUUAUAUGUUUUUCUUGGAAACAAUAGAGCUAAUAGAAAUGCAUAAGGCAUCCUUUUAUACUUAAGAAAAGAGGAACUGCAGUAUACCAGAUCAAAGAAUCAAAGAACAAAUGAAGGCAUUUAGAUUUAAGAGAUUAUCUUUUGAAUUAUGUAACUGUUGAAUUGUAUCAACAUGCUAUUAUUAUUAUUGUUGGCUUUUGGCCAUUAACAAGAAAUAAGGUUAAUAUUGGAUCGAAUAGAAUAUAGAUAUAAGGCUUGUAAUGUUAUUCAUACUGUUAGCGUUCAGCCAGUAUGGAGCAAUUGCACUCUGCAUUUGCAAGAAAUGAAUAUAGGCAUGAUAUAAUCUUCAUAUUGUUAGCAAUUUAAAAGAAGUGUAUAUGAAUAAAAAUAAAAAAAAUAAAAGUCAAAAUUCCUCAACAAUAUUUCUAGAAUCUAAAAUGUACUAUCUGUUUUGUUUAUAAAAAAUGUCUUCCUGUAUUGUUUUUACCUGCAAGGCGUCUACCUCCACCAUAUAAUCAUUACAUGCUCUGCUCUGUCAUAUUAAUAUAACAAUGAAUUAUUUGUCUAUAUGAUGUACGUUUAACCACUAUUGAUAUACACAUGUAAAUGUAAGUGACCUACUUUGAAGCAGAAGUAAUAAGCAUGAGUAUAUUAAACUAUUAAUUCUAGAAGUAUUGUUGUUUGCUGUUUGUAAUUAGGUUAUAAAGAUUAUGUAUUUACAAAUGUUAAUUAUAUAUUGGUCAGCCAAAAAUGUUAAUUACAUUUGCAGAUUUAAAGAUGCAAUAUCAGCAACAUAUAUGAAUUUCCUCCAUUUUGUCUAGUUAUAGCAGAAAAAUGUCAGUUUUUACAGUUUGAAAAAUAAGAAUUGUCCAAUCAGACCUUUUUUGUAAUCAUAUAUCUAUCUGUUCUUUAAAGUAUACACAAAAGACCUUUUAAUAUGCUUUCAUGUUUGAAUUGUUUAACACUAGUAAUAAUGGGGCACUCAAUAGCAUGCUGUUUAGUGCGAGCCAAAGCUCUGUGUUGAAGGUCAUACUAAGACAUAUAAUUGUUUAUUUUUUACACAUUAUGAUUUGGAUUGUUAUUUGUUUCAUUAGCACGUAUACCACAUCUUAUUUCUAUUGGCAGGUUAGACAGCAAAAUUGAUAUUUGUAUUAAAUUCGUUAUAUUGGUUAUUAAAUUUGUAUGUGGUAUUAAAAUAUGAAGGGUUUGAUCACCUGCCAAUAGAAAUAAGAUGUGGUAUACGUGCUAAUGAAACAAACGUGGUUUGACAAAAAGUACACAUACCGUUACCAACCAUUUAGAAACUCUAUAUGAGUUAUUUCCUCUUCUGUAUAUGACAUAAAGGACAUAUAAGUGUAACAUUAUAAUGGUAAGACAUAGAUACAUAGGGUCUUUCAAUUUGAAAUCCAUGGUCUCAUCUAUGCUGGUAUCUAUUAUGAGUUUUCUUAUGACUUUGGACCAAAUGUACCAAUUUUUUCUUCAUAUACAUUUUGUAUCACUUCUAUUGGGGUUUUUUUCAGAUUAGACGAAGUAACUUUUUCCAAAAUAGAUAUAGCUAAUUGUCACCCCUUUUCAAGUAAAAAUACAUGUAUAGAAACCACAUAUCUUUUAAUCAGUGCAUGGAUAUCUGUCUUCUGACACCUUCAUUGUAUAAUUUGUUUCCUUUUAAUCUUUUUUAUCAACAAAUCAUAAUUUCAAAACCCAGUUCUUUCUUGUUCUGAUUUUUUUUAUGGAAGUAGUUUAAAAAAAUCCUUAUUCGAAAAUUCAUAUUAAUUAAAAAGUUGAUAUAUUCAGUGAAACAAAGAAUGCAAAUAUUUUUACAUGUUUUAAGGCUAAAUGAAAAAUGAAAUUGGUGUCAUCUAUCCUAGAAAAAAAUGAUAAAUUAUUAUAUCCCAGAAACUCUCAUUUGCAUUAUAGUAUAAUAAAUAGCCAACAGUAUAAAUAAUAUCCUACUAUGCCAAAAUUAUUAUUAUAUAUAUAAGUAACCAAUUGUUAUAACAUCACAUAUUGUAUUGUUCUACUUAGAGUUUCUAUGUAACUUUGUAUCAAGAAUGUCUGUGAGAAUAAAGAUCUAUAUUUA